AUGAAGAGGACGGGAAAGAAAACCAAACCAACGGUGGCAGAUCUCCUGAAAACACCGUCGCCGGUUGCUUCACCGGAGGCGGAUUCUCCUGCGAUUUUCACGAGGGCGGCUUCCACCUCCAAGCGAGCGAAGAAAGUUACUCUGGCCACCAGCUCAUCUCCACCUCGCAGUCACACAGCUCCGAGCAACAUCUCCGACCUCAGAAACUUCACCUCUUCCGGAGUCGACGAUCUCAAGCGUCGCAUCGAUUACUCUCACUCCGAGUUCCUCAAGGAUCUCGAGGCAUCUAACUCACGUCUCCACAAACGCUUCAAG